AUGUGUGGUCGAUAUGCUCUGGCUCUUCGUCCCCCUCAGGUACGGCAGUUAUUAGAGGAUGAUGGCAUGCCUGUGGACUACCCUCUCGAGGACGAGGAUGGCCCAGGCGCACCUAGGCAGUCCUACAACUUUGCGCCUGGCUACCAUGGCGUAGUUUACAGAGCCGACACGCCAGACUGGGGUGCUGGACCUCGAUCCCGCUCACGCGCGGAUGCUGGACCACACGAGGAGGAUGAUGUUGUGGCCGACAAAGCAGCCCAAGCCGAACAGCCUCCACCAAGCCAAGUCAAGUACAAGCUGCAGUCCAUGAAAUGGGGCCUCGUCCCAUUCUGGACCAAGAGGAACCCCGACUACCAGACCAUCAUGAGGACAAUCAACUGCCGUGACGAUUCUCUCAGCACCGCAGGCGGCAUGUGGGCGUCCAUGAAGAAUAAGAAGCGCUGCGUUGUCCUUGCACAGGGCUUUUUCGAGUGGCUGAAGACGGGACCCAAGGACAAGUCGCCUCACUUUGUCAAAAGACAGGAUGGUCAUCUAAUGUGCUUCGCUGGACUCUGGGAUUGCGUUCAAUAUGAAGGCUCCGACGAAAAGCUGUAUACGUACACAAUCAUCACGACAGACUCCAACAAGCAGCUCAAGUUUCUCCACGACCGUAUGCCAGUGAUUUUUGAUCCAGGCUCGGACAAGAUCAAGCAAUGGCUUGACCCAAACCGCUACGAAUGGUCUCGUGAUUUGCAAUCUCUUCUGAAGCCAUUUGAUGGAGCACUGGAUGUAUACCCCGUUUCAAAGGACGUGGGAAAAGUUGGCAACAACUCGCCAUCUUUUAUAAUUCCACUGGACAGCAAAGAAAACAAGUCAAACAUUGCCAAUUUCUUCGCCAAGGCCCAGCAAAAAAGUGGGAGCAAACAAGCGAAAGCAAAGGAAAAACCUCCGACCGUGACCGAGGGGGAAGACGCGGACGACGCGGACGACGCGGACGACCUGAAGAUGGCACCCCAAACGCCACCAAGUAUCCCACCCUCGCGGGAAAAGCGCAAGGUCUCGCCUGCUGCAGACAGCCCACCUUUGAAGAAGACUGCGUCAGGAAAGCCCAAGAUUAGCGCCACGAAGAAUGAAUAUAAGAGACCAAAAAGGGCAAAACCUCCAGCAUCGCAAAAGAUAACAAGCUUUUUCGGCAACUCUGCUUGA